UGCCCUGAGAGAGCAGGGGACGGACCGAACGAGAGAACGAACGAAUUGACUCUCCAUACCUAACUGCCUCGUGACGCUUCGCUCGCACGCCGUUCCGCCUGCCUGUCUGUCUGUUUGUCUAUCCGAAUGUCCGUCCCGCAUCCACGGUGUCGUCGUCCCGGUACUGUUAUCGUAUCCUCGUGCUACGUCCCGUGCCAGCUGCUUUCAUGACGCGCCGCGCCGCGAGCCGCGAGCUGCUCCGUAUCGCAGCGUGGAGGAGAGCCGUCCUCGGUGUCGCCGCGCGUCGCCGCUGAUCACGUUCUGCCGUGGGCAUCGCAAGCAGGAACUCAGGAUUGAAGUGCGCGAAGAUACGAAAGCGGCGCGAUGACGUCCCGUUGACAAUCGCCGCCGAUUGCAGAGGAAACGUGCGGCAUGAGGCCGACUAAGGCCGAUCAGGACUUCGAAGCAGCCUGAUGGCAGUCUUCGCCGGCGAUCAUUCGUCGCGCUUUCUGUCGUCUAGUUUUUCGCGUGUCGUCGCGAUAUUACUGCGCGUAAAGACCCAGUGAGAGAGAGAGAGAAAGAGAGAGAGAAAGAGAGAGAGAGGGAGGGAGAGAAAGAGCGAGAGAGUGCAGUGCGUGCAGGUGCGGUUGUGUCCCGAUCCUUUUUGGUUCCGCGUAUACUCGGAGAAAAAAAAGGGAGGACUGCACGUCAACGUGCGUAGACUCUAAUCAUGUCAGCGUACGCGCAGUUCGGAUACUCGUAUCCGUCGGCAUCUCAGCUCCUGGUGAGCGGCGGACAGCCGACGACGGCGACGUCGCCGGCGAUGUCGUCGGGGGGCGCGCUGAGCCCGGGCGCCCUGUCGCCUUCGUCAACGGCGACAACGACGACGGUGGCCGGGCCAGCGGGUACCGGCGGCGCCACGACUCCGGUGGGUGGCACCGGACCAGGUUGCUGCGAGAACGGCAGACCCAUGAUGACGGAUCCCGUAACGGGGCAAACGGUGUGCAGCUGCCAGUACGACAGCGCCGCGAGAUUGGCGUUGGGCGCGUAUCCGCGACUACCCACUGCGACCUCCUACUCUUCGUACCCUACGCCGACGCCCUCCACCACUGAUCAGGGGCCUUAUCCUAGCAUCGGCAUGGACAGCUCCGCGUUUUACUCACCAUUGGGUAAUCCGUACGGACUAAAGGACGCGACGGGGAUGGGCAUGACGGCGGACAUGGGUGCUGCCUGGGGCACGGCCGCCCUUCAACCUGCCGCCACGGGUUACUACCCUUACGAUCCAACCCUAGCCGCCUACGGGUACGGCGCAGGCUACGACCUGGCCGCACGGCGGAAGAAUGCCACAAGGGAAUCGACGGCAACCUUGAAGGCUUGGCUGAACGAGCACAAGAAGAACCCGUAUCCAACGAAAGGCGAGAAGAUUAUGCUGGCUAUCAUCACGAAGAUGACGCUGACUCAAGUCUCAACUUGGUUCGCGAAUGCGCGGAGACGUCUCAAAAAGGAGAACAAGAUGACCUGGGAGCCGAAGAACAAGACGGAUGACGAUGACGACGCGGUGCUCACCGAUUCCGAGGAUAAUAAGGAAAAGGACGAUCUCGCGGCGGACAACAGGGGCGACCGUGUCGGCGAGGAGGCGAGACGGAACCUCGAUGAUACCGAGCCAAUGAGACACGUGAAAGCUGAGCUGCUGCAACACGAGAAGGAUCUCGACGAUGAAGACGAUUUGGAUCUCGAGGACGAUCGCCGACGGACCGAGCAUCCUUUUCACCACACGAUGCAGCAUCACCAUCAUCAUCAUCAAGGCUACGGCGAUGAUCAUUUGAAAGAAGAGGGCAUGAAGCCGGAUUGCAGCGGCGGCGGUGUGCCGAUUCCCGCGACAAAACCGAAAAUCUGGUCACUGGCGGACACGGCGGCAUGCAAGACGCCGCCGCCACCCUCGCACCCGCACCAUCAGCAGUAUCAUCAUCUGCAUCAGCAGCAACAUUAUCCGCAACAGCAGCAGCAUCACGUACCGAAUCAAGGGCACCAUCAUCACUCGCAACAGCCGUGGCUCGGUCCGGGUGGCGCGGGGGCUGCCGCCGGUGGCGGCGGUGGGGGCGGCGGGGGCGGCGGAGGCUUAGGAAGUUCGUUCGCUUUGCCUUCGUCGGCGGGAAUGAGUCCGUCGGCGGCGGCAACGGCGCCUUACUCGGGCGCCGCCGCGAGAUACGGUGGUUUCCUAUCGUCCUCGUCCGGCGGUCAGCUCCAUUACAAUCCGAAUUCGUCAGGCUCGAGCUCGAGCGCGUCCUCCUCGGCAGCCGCGGCGGCGGGGUUUCCCGAGGUUGGUACGGACACUCCACCUCAGACACCGCCCAACAUGAAGGUGGCCACGCCGAACGGAGUGAUCCAAGCACCGCCGGGCGGUUACUGUCCUGGUGGUAAUGCGGCCAGCGCCGCGACUAACGGCAAUCCCAAUAAUCCUUAUGGCGCGAAUCAUCCUGGCAGUGGUUAUCUAUCGACGAGCUCGGGCUCGGCCAGCAGCGCGUCGUCCUUCAGCUCGCGAAUGCAGAGCUCGCCACACAAGGAUUUCUCGCCGGUCGGCCAGAACUCUAUUCUCCACCAGCAUCAAACUACUGCCAGCCUGCCACCCACGGAAGCUACCACCGCAUUCAAACCGUUCUACAAAGGUUCGCAAUCAAUGGGUAGCGGCUUCGUGUCGCCCGUCUAAGAGCCCGCACAAAGGUCCAGAACGAUCGUCGUCUUUCUCAAA